CGUCGUUCUUUCUGCCAGCUCUCCGGUCCUCACAGCGCUGCUUUGUUUCCUCUGCUCUGCAGAUUUUCUUCAGAUCAUUCUUUGCUUCUGGGUUUGGGAUUAGGAGCAGAAAAUGGCCCAUUUCAAUAAAGGACCAGCCUACGGGUUAUCUGCUGAAGUCAAAAGCAAAAUUGCUCAAAAAUAUGAUCCCUUGAAGGAGGAGGAGCUGCGAUUCUGGAUCGAGGACGUAACAGAAAUGGCGAUUGGAGAGAACUUCCAGAAGGGUCUGAAGGAUGGAGUCAUCCUCUGCGAAUUAAUUAAUAAGCUACAACCUGGUUCAGUGAAGAGGAUUAACCACUCCCAGCUGAAUUGGCACAAGCUUGAAAACCUUGGGAAUUUCAUCAAAGCAAUUCUGGCCUAUGGCCUAAAGCCCAGCGAUAUCUUUGAGGCCAAUGACCUGUUUGAAAAUGGAAACACGACUCAAGUACAGACCACACUGCUUGCACUGGCCAACAUGGCGAAGACCAAAGGCUUGGACACAAAGAUUGAUAUUGGGGUGAAAUAUGCAGACAAACAAGCACGACAGUUUGAUGAAGAAAAGAUCAAGGCAGGGCAGUGUGUCAUCGGGCUCCAGAUGGGAACAAAUAAGUGUGCCAGUCAGGCUGGAAUGACAGCGUAUGGAACCAGAAGACAUCUGUAUGACCCAAAGACACACACUGAUAAACCGUAUGACCAGACCACCAUCAGUCUGCAGAUGGGCACCAAUAAAGGAGCCAGCCAGGCGGGCAUGUCGGCCCCUGGUACCCGCAGAGACAUCUUUGAUCAGAAGGUGGCACUGCAGCCACUUGACAACUCCACCAUCUCCCUCCAGAUGGGCACCAACAAGGUGGCAUCUCAGAGAGGCAUGAGCGUGUACGGUCUGGGCCGGCAAGUUUAUGACCCCAAGUACUGCGCCCCUCCAACAGAGCCAGUUAUUCACAAAAACGGUAGCCAGGGCACCGGUACAAACGGUUCAGAAAUCAGUGACAGUGAUUAUCAGGCUGAAUUCCAGGAGGAGGAGUACCAUGCAGGUUACCUUGACGACUACAACUCUCACUAUAAUGAUCCGAACAUUGACUAUUAGGACAGGUCUAAAGCAGUAUUACUCAAUCAGACAUACAACAAAGCAGACCUUUUGCUCUCCUCACUAGUCUUGAAGCAAAGAAGGAAUGUUUUCGCUUCCUUCUUGAAUUAGACAUUGAGCCGCAGAGGUCAAAGGUUUUAGUACUAUUACAUAACGACAGAUAUAGUAUUGCGAAAAGUAAUCUUUCCUGCUCUUACUUUUUGAAGGAUGUCCUAUGAUAUAACUUUGAUGUAGUGGACCAGAUAUAUUUUAUGAAGUGAAAUUGUUGUCCUGUAUUUAUUUUCAGGAUGAAAACACAGCUGAUUCAUCUAAAAUCUGUUUGUAAACCCCCAGCAGUAGACUUAUUUAUUUCCCCUGCUUCUGCAUGUCCUGUGUUCAUUCCUGCAGCUGUUGCUGUUGAUGCUAAAGUUACAUUUUAUCUAGGGUUACUCAAAAGAAGAUGAUUAUUAUUCCUUAAUAAUAAGCAUCUGAAUCCUGGUGGAUGAGGGGUGAUGAUUAUUUUACAACCAGACAUUGUUUUGCAUUAUUUCACCUUUUUGUCUUUCCCUUAUAAGACCAAUCUUUGUUUAUUAGUGAACCAUUAUAAGUAAUGAUUAAUUGUCCAGAAUUAAAAUGAUAUCUUUCAAUAAAGUCUUAAGUUGUUUUAA